GUUUUUUCUACCUUAUAUAAUUAUAUAGAUAAAAUUUCAUAUGUUUUUCUUAAGUAAAAAGCGUGAGAUAGCUGGUUGGUCACAUGAUCGUAGUAUUUAAAACAAGGUCGAGCGAUAUUUUUAUUCCGGGAUAGCCUUGGAUGCAUCAUAUUGUGCUAGUACUUUCAGAAGGAAGGAAGCUUAAAAUCGGGAAAAUGAAUUCCACGAAACAUAAAUUUUCCAACAGGAUAAGAAAUGAACAGAAGAGUAAUAUAUGGGAAGAAAUUUUACAAUUAUCGGCCAAAUGUGGAGCUCUAAAUUUAGCACUGGGUUUUCCAGACUUUGCUCCACCAAAGCAUAUACGUAACGCACUUGAACACGUGACCAAUCAAUCAAAUCACAUGAUACAUCAUUACACAAGGACGCUGGGUCAUCCCCGACUGGUAAAAAUUCUGGCCAAACUCUACAGCCGAGAACUUCAGCAGACCUUGGACCCUAUGAAGAAUGUGGUGACCACCAUCGGGGCCUACGAGGCGAUGUAUGCAGCUUUCCAGGCCUUGGUCAAUCCCGGAGACGAGGUUAUCCUCUUGGAGCCUUGCUACGAACCAUAUAAAGUUGUGGCCGGGUUGGCGGGGGCAACAGUGCGCUAUGUUCCACUAAUUCCGAAAGAAGGCUCUAAUGAAAGUGAUGACUGGACAUACGACCUAGAAACCUUGAAGAGGGCAUUUAACGACAAAACCAAAGCCAUUGUUGUUAACAACCCCAUGAACCCUCUGGGAAAGGUGUUUACAAGAGAAGAACUACAGGAGAUUGCAGACUUGUGUGUACAAUAUGACGUGCUUUGUUUCUCUGACGAAGUCUACGAAUGGUUGAUAUACGGGAAAAGACAGCUUGUUCGAAUGGCAACCCUAAAUGGAAUGGCUGACAGAACGAUAACAAUGGGGAGUGCGGGUAAAACCUUCAGCGUCACAGGGUGGAAGAUCGGGUGGGCAGUCGGCCCCGCCCAUCUCAUCUCCGCCAUGCAUUUAUUCCACCAUCUUGCCGUCAGGGGAACGCCCUCAGUUCUACAGGAAGCCUUGGCAAUAGCAUUUGAGACAGAGGAGAGUCGCCUCGGAAACCCUGAUUGCUACUUUACACUGCUGUCCAAACAAAUGGAACAAAAACGUAACGAGAUGUCCACGUACCUUAAAGACGCGGGCCUACAGCCCAUCACCCCCGGGGGAGGCUACUUCAUCGUGGCCAACAUCUCCUCCAUAGACACAGAAGAUGGAAUCGAUCUCAGCAGCCAGGAGGCUUACGAUUCUCAGUUUGUCAAAUGGGCCAUCAAGGAAAAGAAACUCACCUUCAUUCCAUUAUCUAUAUUCUACAGUGAAGAACAUAGGCACUUUGGAGAUAAAUUUGUCCGAAUUUGCUUUGCAAAGGGUUUUCCCGACUUUGCGCCAUCAGAUCACGUGGUUAAGGCUCUAGAGGAAGUGGCUACUUAUUCUGAUCAUAUGAUCCACCACUAUACCAGGGCAGCGGGUCACAAACGCCUAGUGAAAGUCUUGUCCAAGGUAUACUGCAGGCUGUUAGAGAGGAAUAUUGACUCAAUGACCGACAUUAUGACAUCAACAGGUGCUUAUGACGCUCUGUACACAACCUUCCAGGCACUGGUCUGUCCCGGAGACGAGGCAAAACCGUGUUACGAACCUUACAUUGAAAUGGUCCGACUCGCUGGAGCGUCAGUUAAAUACGUGCCUCUUAUACCAAAACCUGGAUCAACAGACAGUGAUGAUUGGGUAUUUGACUUGGUAGUAUUGGAAACAGCGUUCAGUACAAAAACUAAAGCUAUUGUUGUUAACACGCCGAUGAAUCCGUUGGGAAAAGUCUUUAAUAAAGAUGAACUACAAGUCAUUGCGAAUCUCUGCAUAAAGCACGAUACUCUGUGUAUCGCCGACGAUGUGUACCAAUGGCUUAUCUACGAAAACAGAAGACAUAUCUAUAUGGCUACCUUGGAUGGAAUGGCGGAUAGAACAAUACAUAUAGGAAGUGCUGGGAAGACAUUUAGCGCCACGGGGUGGAAAACUGGUUGGGCCGUGGGACCCGCCCAUUUAAUAGAUGCUCUACAAUGCUUCCAUCAUUUGUCUAUUCGCGGAGGACCCUCGGUCUUGCAGGAAGCAGUAGCGAUAGCUUUUGAGAGAGAGGAACAAAGACUGGAUAGUAAAGACUGCUAUUUCAGAGUCUUGUGCGCGGAAAUGGAAAGAAAGAGGGAUCAGUUGGUUAACAGUCUCCGCCAGGCGGCGCUAAACCCCGUGAUUCCAGGAGGUGGCUACUUUAUAGUGGCAGAUAUCUCCAAACUAGAGACCAACAUCGACAGUGAAGAAUCAAAUGAGGAGGCGUUCGAUAUAAAAUUCGUCAAAUGGGCCAUUAAAGAAAAGAAGUUCACCGUCAUUCCCUUGUCCAUAUUUUACUGCCAGGAACACAAAAGUCUUGGAGAUAAAUAUGUUCGUAUUUGUUUUGCAAAGACUGAGGAGACACUGAAGAAAGCAGAGAACGUCCUGAAGAAUUGGGGUGGAAGUAAACCCAACCUUCCCAACGCAGUGGAAGAUGGAGUAUGAUGUAGCUGUAAUUCUGAUAAACUUUUUCGUUUCCGUUGUUGAGUAUUUAUUCUUAGCAUCUAAUAAACGAUACUAAUAAAAUCUUGUCAAAUGAGGA